AUGACGUUUGACACAAGAAGAUGGGUGUUUUCUUUAGCAGUUUUCUUUUCUUACGCAGAAGCACAAAAUACACAAUGUGCGUUCAAACAAAAUGUAAUGCCCGGUCAGAGGUAUGAAAUAACGUGUCCAAGAUACUCCUCUUGCGGAGUGGAAUGUUCGUGGUCAGCCACAUGCCCUCCUGGUUAUAAUUGUAGACUGGAUUGUGUGAUUGACACACCAUCAGUGUCUGGCUGUACCAGAAGUCAAGUUUGGAUAUCGAAGUCUGGUGACCCAAACCUUCGUGACGGACAGUGGUAUUGUGGAAAAGGGACACUUACAGCUGUAUCAGAGAAACAAAACAUUUACAUAAGUCUUGUAUCACCUGUGCGAGAGGGUCAAUUCUCAUGCAAUCUCAUAGCGCAGCCUGCUACGAACAUAUCAUCUUGCACUUGUGGUGUACGGAAUUUGAAACGUAUAGUGAAUGGUAGAGAUACGCUUCCCAACGAGUUUCCCAUGAUGGCUGGAGUAGUCGAGCUACAGAAACAAGACAACACAAUAAUGUGUGGGGCGACGAUUAUAUCAAAGAAAUACUUGAUAACAGCAGCCCAUUGCGUGAUCGGAAAGCAAGCAAGCAGGCUUGUCGUGGUCGUUGGAGAACAAGACACUACAACAGGAGGUGACACAAAUGUAACAAGGGCUUACAGAUUAUCAGACAUAAAAAUACAUCCGUAUUAUACCGAUAUAAAUUACGACUACGAUAUUGCCAUUUUACAAACUCUCGAAGAUAUGGUGUUUGGUCAGUACGUCGGACCAGCGUGUUUACCCUUUAAGUAUGCUAACUCUACUUUUGCAGAAGAGAAAGUCAUUUUGCUAGGUUGGGGCACGAUAUUCAUUGGAGGGCCGAAAUCGGAUAUCCUUCAAGAAGUAGAAGUUAAAGUCAUUAGUCAAGGGGAGUGUAGACAAUAUGUGUCAAACGUUACACCUAGGCAAAUAUGCACUUACACGCCAGGGAAAGACGCUUGCCAGUUCGAUUCUGGUGGCCCUCUAUUAUACACAGACCGUCAGAACAGUCUUCAGUACCUCGUUGGUGUUAUCAGCUCAGGAGAAUUCUGUGCAUCAAAUAAACCUGGUGUGAACACUCGAUUGACGCAACUUCUCUACUGGAUUGUGCAGAACGCCCCAGAUGAUUAUUGUGAAGACAGCGCAUACCCAGCAUGCGAGCUAAACGCCCAAGGGCCGGCGGUUCGCGGCUGGCGCAGCAUUGGUUCACCACCGCACGAGCUACUUCUCAGACUCACCUGCGUCACCAGUAUACACAAACUUCAGCUAUUGGCACAUCACCAACUUAUACCUGCCUGCGUGGAAGUAUUGGUGUCAGGAGGUCUGGUAUCAGAAGGUGCCGCAACCCCUUGCGGCGCAACUUACACCAGUGUAGGAAAAGUGACUCUAGCCAAACCGACGCCACAGGCAAGAACAAGGGAACUUAGAUCUGCAGCUCUCCCAGAACCAACUGUAGCAAGAUUUGUUAAGCUCAGACUAUCAGGGCCUCACCCACCAGCAAAAGAAGACGAUCAGGUAGCGUUAAUGGCAGUCAACGUACUAGGAGAUGAAGUAGAGGACGACGAAAAGACAGCUGCGGUAGAGAACAUGAAGGCAGAAGUCAGUUUCUCUCCGUAUGACGACCUCGCUUUUAUUAUGUAUGUGGACAAUGAAAUAGCUGAUCUAGUCCGGAAUUUAGAUGAAAAGAAAAGAAUAGCUGUUACCGAAGAGCGUUUUGAGUACGCCCGUCGACUUAAGUCAGCUGGCUCAGCAUUGGCAGCAGCAGGUAUCAGGAUAGGAAGGUGGCGAUUACGUAAAAGAACGGCGGCAGCCCGCGAUGACUUUGAGCUUGCUAGGCGCAUGAGAGACAGAAUCGCAGAUGCAUUGAUGGGAGUAAAAGACGACUCGGAACUUUUACGUCUCUUUGAAGAAGAUGGGCCUGAUUCACGCAACGAUUCAUCAAUGCCAAAAGCCUAUGAUUUCUCCCACCAUUUAUCACCAUCAGUAGCAACUGGAGCGAUGAGUCUUGAUAUUCCAUCACCCGUCCCACCGAUAGAACAAAACACCGAGCAAACCCCAUUCAACGGCAUAGAUGACGAAGACACUAAUCAUAUUUCAACUUCUCCAAUCCAAACUUUACAAGAAGAUGUACAGUUAGCACCAGAACGAUCACCACAGAUAAUACAAGACCAAGAAGAGAGAAGAGAAGCACUUAAAAAAGAAGAAGAAGAAACAAGGAAAGAAACAGAUAGCCCUCGAAGAAGUAUUACACCGAACGCAGCAAACGGUACAUUAGUGCGUAGAAGAAACAAGAGUGCGGGCCCAAGAUCUACUUUCGAAGCUUAUGAAGAACGAAUGCUACCAGCUCUACGACACUCACACACAAAUGAAUAUCUUCGCGAGGCAAGAGAGGAAGAAUGCAGUGGGGGUGGAAGUGCUUCAUCACACCCUCGACCUGUUCACAAGUUGAAUGAGAGGGAACGGAAACAAGCAGCGCUACCUAUUCUUAUUUUCGGUUAUCCUCUAGUAGAAAAAUUUUUCUCCAAAAAUUACCUAGACAAAGAGGAAGGUCUCGCUCGGCUACGGGCUGAAUUAUCGUCACCAUCAAACGGCAGUACUAAAACUUCCCCCAAUAAAACAGCCAGAGCAGCAGCUACUUUGCUCCAAAGAGCUUUAAGGGACAAAGUGUUUUCUGUGUACAGUCAGGCCAAUGAAGUUGUUAAAGUGCUAUUUAAAGAAUUUGUCCCGGACAGAGUCUGUGCGGCGGAAGUAGGACGAUGUCUAGAAAAGAUUUUACCCGAAUUAUUACGGGCUUGUGGCGAUCCUGCACCAAGAAUCCAUUCUACAGCGCAACACACCGUCCUUACUGUAGCUGACUGUCCCCACGUAAGGAGCCUACACACAAUUCCACAACAAUUGGUGCGACCAGUGGCUGCGUCAAUGCAUCCAAGACUAGCGCUAUCACGUCUUCAAAUGCUGGAGCAACUAAUACUUAGCCAUGGGAUAUCGACAGAUAAAAAUAGCGGCUUAACAGUUCGACGGUUAGCUGAAUGUGGUGCGGCAGGAGCUCAACACGCCGCCGGAUCAGUAAGAGCUGCAGCGGAAAGAAUACUACUUGCCGCAUACGCAAGGUCACCACGAGUUGUAAGGGCCCAAUUACCGCCCGACGAUGCGGUGACAAGACGGAAUCUGAUUUACCGCCACCUGUUUCAGCAGUUUGACAGAAUUGAUAUGCAAAAAAUGUUGAAUCAAGCUCCAACCGAAGAACAGAUCUUGAACGGAAUAGAACAAUCAGGUGAUUCAACACACGAAACGAGUGCCUCUCAGUCAACUCGUAGUGGUACAACCGCCAGCAGUAUGACCACUUCCCUCGGCAUGUCUUCAAUCGAUACAUCAUAUGCCUUGAAGUCGAGUGCUAGCAGUGCUACAUUAGCACCGUCCAGUUUAAGCGGCAGUUUCACAACAUCCAGAACAAAAAGUAGUUUGAGAAAAACACCAACGAAAAAGUAUAUUUCAAGCCGAACUGUAAAGGAUACAAGCUGUCCUGGAUAUAACAAGCUGAGAUUGGAUAGUGCAGUUAGCCCUAAGCAUUCGCCGCGCCCAUCUACGGGAAAUGAAAAGGUACAUUUUCAGGAUACCGAGACGGAUGAAGUAAUCUUUCGACGUGCCAGUCGCAAUUCAGAAAACCGCCAUUCUAUGAUACAUUAUGACCACGACCUCAAUAAACCUGAACUGAAAGAGCGACCGGCUACUGUUUAUGAACCGCUACACGUAAACUAUGCUGAUUCUCCAACUAUGGGAUCACCCAAAACAUCGAAGAAUGAACUUAGAAGUCUCGAUUCGUUACCAAUGGAUUCUCCCCAGCUGUCUAGAUUAGAUCUUCGAGAUUCAGAUCGAAGUUUGGAUUCUCCAAAACUUAGAGCCGAGUUCUUUAGAGACACUGGCUUGGAGUCACCAAAGUUAGUAGCGGGAGUGAGGAAUAUUCACUUGGACGAACAUAGUCAAAUGGACGAAAGCGGAUAUUAUAGUCCAGGAAGACGACAGCAACUAUCAAAUAAUGAUCAGCACUUCGAUCCGUACGAAGCCAUUGGUGCCGAAGCGAGUAGUGAAACAACACCGGAACCUAUCUGCAAUACAUCAUGCACUUGGUGUGGUCGCCGCGUCAAAGCAGCAGCUUUAGAAGCACACUACUGGCGUCGCUGUGUGGUCUUAGGUCGAUGUCCUCAUUGUCGUCUGGCGUUAGAAGCAAGAGCAAUGCACACGCAUCUUUUAGAGGAAUGUUCGCUGAGUGAAGGCUUGUGGAAGGCAUGUCGGAAAUGCGGGGUUGCUUUACGAACUGAUGAGGGAGAUUUUCACGCCAAUUGCAUCCCGCUAGGUCUAGAUGAGUGGAAAUGCCCUUAUUGCUUCACCAAUAUCCUGGCAAGGGAUCUUCCCUGGCAGAGGCAUUUGAUGCAGUGUCCGAGAAAUCCAAGGCUCUUACAGUCUUCAUAG